GGAGGCGUCUCCAUGCCACCUUUGACCCACCUUUCACAUGGGUUCAGGAAAGGGUUUAUGUUACCCAUAAUCCUCGACGGCGGCAAUAUUUCAAUCAAGAGGCCACCGACGAAGUUGACGCAUUCUACGUCAAGACGCUUGAGAGCUGCGCGCUUGGAGACUUUGACGUCAUCAAUGCCUGCGUCACGCGGUGACGUCGCUAGGAAAAGCGCAGUCGAAUGAUAGGAAAACGAUGUUGCCUUUUCCUACUCAAAAGAAGCCACUUUUCAUCACGCCUUGACCUGGUGACGUUUUCUACAAAGUUUAAGGAAAAGUUUUACAAAGGUUUGGAGAUGAGACCCCCUGAUGUCCACAAAUGAGUCAGAACGCAUGUCCCGAUUGCAUACCACAGUAAUUUAGGCCAAUUUGAAACUGCAAUAUUAUCAUGAGCAAAAUGCAAGACUUGUUUGCAAUUUGUACAUAUGUGAAUUACACCCACAUUGAGCUCACUUUUUCUUCUUCAAGGCACGAAUUUUAAGUGUUCAACAUUUCUUGACAUUCUUAGUGUGUGUUCACAUCUGCCUAUGCUUAUAUGUUUUCCUGAACCAGCAUUUACAUCUGGCAAGAUGUUUUCCCGCUUGAAAUAGUCAAUCAAAAUGCUUUAUAUAUCAGAAAUUUUAACCCCAGGUGUUUGUUGUUUCAUAUUCCAAUUGUCUCAAAUGUUUUCAACGCUACAAAAGGGUUAAAGUACACAUUCAUCUUAUUUUCUUAUGAGGAUCAUACUUGAUUCUUAUUCAUCGUAUUGCCAAUAAUAAAAUAAUAAUCUAAUAAAAAUCCAAACAUGAAUUCACACGCGCCAUAUUAAAACACCAUUUACUGCUUCUUUGCAUCAUGUUAAUCAGCAUUUCACUGCAAUGCCAAUCGAGAUGUAUCUAAUCAAAUAUGCAUAUGAGAGAAAAUGCAUUGAUACACGCAUGGCAGACAACAUGCAUUACACUAUUUUUUUUCACUGUAAAAUUAUAAUGAUAGACAAUGUUAAAAUCAAUUCCUGUAUUUUAAAGCCUCUGUAAAUCGGAAGGGUGUGCCAUAAAAUGGUAGACACAUACAGGUAUGUAUUAGACGAACAGUUUUCUUGAUUUUUCUACGUAGUACUGUAUUUUUCCCCCCGACGCAGAUUAUAGCUGGAGAGGAAUAAACUGUUUAUUUCAGAUGGCAAAGUUAGCGUGAUGAUCCGUGGCAAUCACCGCUUUUGGUGUCCACUUGUGAACUAUAAUGUAGGUCACAUGAGGACCGAUUCAUUCAACCCGGGGAUGUCGACUCGCUUAUUCAUGUGCGUAUUCAUUCAUAUCUGAAUGAAUUCGCAAAUGCACGUGUGGCGCACGUCAUACAGAUGCCAGACAAGUCCGACGUAAAAUGCUUAAGACCGCAUGUUUGAUCUUGUAGUCCGCCAAUAGCGCCCUUUGUUCGGACUUUGUCGCAAACAAAUGACAGAGCAGGAUCACAUUCAAACACGCAAAUGGUUUCAUCUUGAUUUUUUUUUAAAACCAAUUUCGCGGAAAGUCGAGUUGACGCAUGAAUUACGUGACGUCUAACAAAGUAUCCCUAUGGCACAUUUUAAGUGUAAUAAGAAUAUUUGCAUUCAGAGCUUUGGUGACAUAAGGUUCGACGCAAUAAACAACCCGGGUUGAAAGGAAGACCGGUUGGCCUUGCGAUAUUUUUCCGCCAGAUUUGUUGUCCUUUUGAAGAUCAUGUAAAGUUUUACGUACAAAGGAGGCGCAAAAGACAUGUGAUACAUGAGUUUUGGCACCGUCGAGUUUCAGCAAUGGAUCCUCCUCAAUCUCACACACUAAACACCGAGGGGGCACAGACGCUGACAGCGAUGACGACAAUCAACCCGCAGACGCUCGCUCCUGAAUCCAAUGCUUUUGGCUACUAUCAAAACAUGUGGAAUCACCCGAAUAACUAUUUCCCUUCAAUACAAGGAGGUCCUUUCUGUUAUCAGAAUGAGGGAGCACAGACGGUGGCAACAAUGGCUAUGCCAAGUACACAACCAACACAAUCUCUACCCAUUCCAUACUGCACAGAGCGGCAGGAUAACCUGCAGAUGCAAUUUGCUCAACCGCUUGCAGGUGACAUGACCGCCACGCAGCUGCAAUACGCCAACUCCAUCCUCCCACAGGGCGUGGCACAAGGAAGCGGUCCUCGGAACCAGUCGGAACGUAGCUUGAUGAAAAACAGGGAAGCCGCCCGGGAGUAUCGGAGGAGGAGAAAGGCAUACGUGCAAGGCUUGGAGGAACGUGUGGCGAAGCUUGAAAAUCAGAAUAAGGCUCUGAAGGAAGAGUUAAAAACCUGGAAAGAAAUGUGUCAUCAUAACGGCCCUUGAUAAGGCUGUUAAAAUGGCUGCAUGGACUGUAAAUAUCAUUUAAUUCAUUUACUUAAAAAAAAAAAUGCUGCUAUCGGACGAUGCCAAGGAAGGAAGUCGACCGUCUUCUUGACACAUUGUGGAGCACUAAGGGCUUUAUACCUUGCCGAAGAAUAAUCGGAACAGGUCAGAUGAGGAAGCUGGGUUGAAAAAAAAAACAUCUUUCAAUAUACUUGACCUGCUCUGCUGUCACAAACUCGCAUAUUGUACCAGAAUACAAACUUGGAAGCGCAUAUUGCACUGUGCUGGCCCACAUUUGCACUAACUGCUGUGUAUAAUUGUUAGAAUUGUAUUUUAGAAUUUUAGAAUUUACAGAGAUUUAUCAAAUACCAGUAGCGGAUGCUGGUCUGUCAAGGAGGGGAAGCUCAAUUUCGGGCUACAUCAUAAAACGUGUCCCGUUUAUUGAUACGUGAAUUCUACUCUCCGUUCCUUUUCAA